ACCUAUCUUAAUGGAGAAACCUGAUGUGGUUGUGGGGACCCCGUCUCGUAUUCUGGCCCACCUUAAGGCCCAGAACCUGGUCCUGCACUCGUCCCUGGAGAUGCUGGUUGUGGACGAGGCUGACCUGGUCUUCUCUUUUGGUUUUGAGGCUGACCUGAAGAACUUGUUGUGCCAUUUACCAAAGAUCUACCAGUCCUUUCUCAUGUCGGCUACUUUCACUGAGGACGUCCAGGCCUUGAAGGAGCUGCUGCUGCACAACCCUGUGAUCCUGAAGCUUCAGGGCUCCCAGCUCCCAGACAGCAGCCAGCUGCAGCAGUACACCAUCAGGUGUGAGGAGGAAGAUAAGUUCCUGCUCAUCUACACUCUGCUGAAGCUGCAGCUGGUUCAGGGAAAGACGCUGCUGUUCGUGGGAACCGUCGACGGAUGCUACAGGCUCAAACUGUUCCUGGAACAGUUUGGGAUCCCCGCCUGCGUCCUCAACUCCGAGCUCCCCGUUCAGUCCCGGUGUCACAUCAUCACCCAGUUUAACCAAGGCUUUUAUGACAUCAUCAUCGCCGCAGACGAGCAGAGUCUGUCUGACCCUGCUGCUUCAGCACAGACAGAUUCAGGACAGAAGAAGAAGAAGAAGAGGAAGACAAAGAAAGGAGGAAAGGCUCAGGAUGCGGAGUACGGCGUCUCCCGAGGUGUUGAUUUCCAAAAUGUUUCCAACGUCAUCAACUUUGAUUUCCCUACGAGCGUGGACUCCUACAUUCACCGAGUCGGAAGAACAGCGAGAGCAGACAACCAAGGAACCGCCUUGUCUUUCAUCUCUCAAACUGAGCUGGAUCUGUUUCAGGAGGUGGACGAGGCUCUCAGCGGAGAUAAUGUUGAAUCUGUUCUGAAACCUUAUGAGUUUAAAAUGGAGGAGAUUGAAGGCUUCAGGUACAGGUGCAGGGAUGCGAUGCGAGCCGUGACGAAGCAGGCUGUGAAGGAGGCCAGACUGAAAGAGAUCAAACAAGAACUGCUGAACUCAGAGAAACUGAAGACGUAUUUUGAAGACAACCCCAGAGAUUUCCAGCUGCUCCGACACGACAAAGACCUUCAUCCUGCUGUCGUCAAGCCUCAUCUGAAGAAUGUACCGGACUAUCUCAAAGACCUCCUCGAGAAGAAACCCGCUGAAAAGUUUCCGCUAUUUUGGACAGAAAAAGAGAGGAUCCAAAGCUUCAUCAUAGAUGCUGGACAACAGGUGGAUGUUGGACAUUAGAGACAGACUUCAGGAAUAUGAACUGGGUCCAGCUGUUGGUCCACAUGAGACUCUAGGAGUCUCUUAUUGAGACUCUUCUAAACAGUGAGGAGGUGACGCAGGCCAGCAGACAAAGCCAGACUGGUAAUACUAAUUGAUACGGACAGAAACAGUCUGAGUCUGGGUUCAGUCCAGUCCUUCCAACAGAAUGUCGACAGACCUUUUUAAACAUGUUGAAAUAAUCAUCUAAAUGUGUUGAUUGGGAUGUUUUAUUUUCCUACACUGCCUGUGUAGUUCUAAACAUAAAAUGAUUUUUUUUGUCUUAAAGUAAAUAAAACAAAAUCUGACCUGAAGACUGCUUU